AAGCCUUUUGAUCUCAGCCACUACACCAGAAUAUCUCCUUUCAAAACUAGUUGGCAUCUGCCAUCCAAAUUGCCCCCACUGGGAAAUUUUGUUUCAUGCCCCGCAGCAUUAGCCUAGGGCUUGGAGUAGUGUGCUUUCUUAUUGGUGCAUACUGGUUGUACGAAAUUUUAAAGAAGAGAAGGGAAAAGAACCUCCAGAGGCAGUUCUUCAAAUUAUUAUUGCAGCAACAACUUUCUUCAACUGAGGGUAAUAUUGAAAGGACCAAAAUAUUCAGCACCAAGGAGUUGGAGUGGGCAACUGACCAUUUCAACAAGAAUAGAAUACUUGGUCAAGGAGGUCAGGGUACUGUUUAUAAAGGAAUGUUGACUGAUGGAAGAAUUGUUGCAGUUAAGAAGUCCAAAGCACUGGAUCAAGAGAAAGUUAAAGAGUUCAUCAAUGAGGUGGUCAUUCUUACACAAAUUAAUCACAGAAACAUUGUUAAGUUAUUAGGCUGUUGUUUGGAGAAUGAAGCUCCUUUGCUAGUUUAUGAAUUCAUCCCUAACGGAACACUUUUCCAGUAUAUACAUGAUGAAAAUGAAGACUUCCCAUUAACUUGGGAAAGACGGUUAACAAUUGCAGCAGAAGUUGCUGCUGCCCUUUCCUACUUGCACUCAGCAGCCUCCAUUCCAAUUUAUCAUAGAGAUGUCAAGUCCUCAAAUAUUCUACUAGAUGAAAAGUACAAGGCAAAAGUUUCAGACUUUGGAACAUCAAGACCAAUUGCCAUCGAUCAAACUCAUUUGACUACAAAUGUUCAGGGCACAUUUGGGUACCUGGACCCUGAAUAUUACCAAUCUAGUCAAUUUACAGAAAAGAGUGAUGUUUAUAGUUUUGGAGUUGUCCUUGUUGAGCUCUUAACAGGAGAAAAACCAAUUUCUUUAGCAAGGGCAGAAGGAGGAAGAAGUUUGGCCUCUCAUUUCAUUCAUUCCAUGGAAGAUAAUAGUCUCUUGAGUAUUCUUGAUGCUCGAGUUAGGGAGAGUUCUGCAUGUGAAGAGAUAACAAAGGUCGCUAAACUUGCACAUCGAUGCUUGAACUUGAAUGGUAAAAUGCGGCCAAAGAUGAUAGAAGUUGCUAUGGAGUUAGAGCAAAUUCAUCUUUUGCAAAACAAUUCAAAUGGUCAACAGAAUCAUGAAGAGGUUACAUAUGUCAAAAGUAAAGUAACCAAUCUCUGGGAUGGUACCUCGACAUCAAUAGGUUCAGGUUUGGACUCUGGAGCUGUGAAUUCCUUUGAUGAUUUUAAUGACAACAAAACCAUUGGAAAAGUUUAAUCAGGAGCUUCUUUGUUCAAAGACAUGCAGCCAUUAAUUUCCAAUAAAUCACAGGGAUUUAACUGAUUUAUCCUAGAAUGAAUUUAUUCCAUGUUGAGGAACAUCGUCAGCUCUUUCUUUCUUUAGUGUUUGAAAAUUUGUAGUUCAUCUAAUUUUUAUUUUUGUUGCUUUGUAGUUUAAAGUUCAAAUAAAGUUUAUGCACUGCU